AUGCGAUGCUUCUUCACCCCGGCGACGCGCAAAGGUGCCCCGCUAGGCAAGGUUCCUCCAGGAGAGGCUGAGCAGACGAGCCUGAUCGCCGGCAUAGAGAUCUUCACGCGCCCGUCCGCGCUGACCGCCAUCCAAGCCUCGCCCGAAUACAAAGAGUAUUUUAGCCCCGUCGGCCAAGGGGAAGCGCUCUUCACCCGCGACGUGACAGCAUGGUAUCCCACCGCCGGAUUCGUAGCGCGGAAAGACAAAGACCAACCCGAGACCGGGCCGGCCAAAGUCGUCAUGCUGGCGAGAUUUGUGUGUAAGGAUGGAGAAGGGAUGAGGGAGAAACUGGUUGCUGUUCUUGGGACAUUCUGCGACUGGGUUGAAUCCCACGAACCCACAACCCUAACUUACAGCGUGAUGAUCCAACCGACGAAGAACAACGCGCCGAACGAGGUGUUGCUUUUCGAACGUUACAAGGAUCUCGCGGCGCUCAGCACGCACAGCAAGACCGCCGAAUUCCGAGCUAUGUUGUGA